UCAUUAAUCGAUCACAGAAUCGUUAUUAACAUCUUAAGACAUUACUUAACCCUCAGUGUACAAACUUCAAAAAAAUCCGUCUCUGAAUACAUUGGGUAUUUCUCACCCAGCGUUUUCUAUUGCUUAUAUCUUGGAUUGUAGUGCAUUGAUUUUAAUUAAUUUUUUUUAAACCAGUCGUUUAAAGACUGAAAAAAAAAAAGAAUUUUCCAGUACAAAAGUUGGGAAAGUCAUAACGUAAAAGAUAUUUUGCAAUAAUAAAUUACUCAAAGGCGUGUUCAAAUGCCACAAUUGUGAAAAUUGGCCCGGGUGAUUUUAAGUGUGUACACUGAGGGUUAAGAUAGUUUUGAAAUAAGAUUCGACUAUGAAUGCUGCGUCUGACAUUGAGUGGAGCAAUAAAUUUGAUCUUUCUUGAAUUAUAAGAGACUUUCCUAAGUCCACCUUGACUCUAGUGAAUCGCACUCUAUCUAAUAAAUGACUUCAUCAUUUAUAAAAUCUACAUAUUUUUAUAUUUUAUAUAAAUCAAAAAUGUGAUUAAUGAUUCUCAAAAGAUUAGCGAUAUAUCUGAUGACGGAUCCACCGCGAUUUAUUACGUGUCACAUAAAACCUCGGCUAACAAUAAAACACAAUUAUGUAAUGAUUUUUUUACCUAUUUUCUCUGUCAUUAUAAGAUUAUUUUGUGUUCUAUUUAGAUCAGAGUGCUCUGACAUAGUAACUCUUUAUAAUUAACUUCAAUGUAAGCUUAUUUCCCCUUGACCACGAUGUUUUAAAACUGUUCGAAAUGUCUAGCGUUACUUUCACCUUUAAAUCGUUGGCUUUGUGUCACAGUGAAUAAUGAUCUCAAAUUUUCAUUAAAAGGCAAUUUCUCUCCGUCGAAGAGCUUACCGUGAGAGACACGUGCGCGAUAUUUUAUGUAGAAAGAAAAAAAAAGAAAUUUUACCAUCGAUUUCUGUCGGCUGAGCUUCGGUAUAAAAAAUAGCAUUUCUCUUUCUCCUCUCUGACACACUAGCGACGUCGCGUAAUCAAGAUGUAUCCGUGUCAUCCGGAGAAAAACUCAGUUCACGCUGUCAUAAGGUCGAUGAAUCUCUCGCCGCACGUAUUCCAGUGAAAGUGUGUGUCCGCGUACCCCACCCUGGGCUCCACAGAACUCGUGCACGUCGCCCGAGGAAGGGGCCAACGCACAGAUAUACCCAUACCCACGUAUCCCACGUUGCUAGGUAGACUCGCGGCGCGUAGAACCGAAUCGCGCCAGUGUCUGGACCCAGUGUCGUGGACACUUUCGAAUCACGUUGUCCAAAAGUGGAGAGACGUCCGUUAUGGUUGACCGUACUCUGUUGUAGUCGUUGCGACAACGAGCUAUAACACGCGUUGCAGCGACAGUAGCUACUAGAGACGACGGGAGAUCAAUCCCGAAUUGGAUUGGGCUUCGCCUUCUUUCGGUUUAAAGUCCGCAAAGUCCGACGCGGAUCGAGAUUCGGCCGACGAGCACGAGAGCUCUCACUUGUCUGAAAAAUUCAAAGAGCAGCGAUCCUGAAUCGGGUCGGAUUAACGUUUAUCAGCAGUGACAUCGGCACGGCGAUUGAUUAGCACGCAAUGCCAAUUAAGUGACUUCGUCGCUUCCUUCUUGCCGUCCGAGACACCUGCCGUGCUCACCACAGGAGAGAAGGUUCUACCACUAAGGGGUGAAUCAUAACGCUAGAUCGAAAUGGAGUUCGCGUGGCAUCUAAUAUCAAUCUUUUUCUUGAUGGUCACUCGAGGCGAACCCUGCACGGAGUAUGGAUGUCCAGGACGGCCGCAGUACGAGCCCUUCGUACCCGCGCCUCCGGGACACACUCCUCACUGCGCGUCACCGGGGCAGACCUUCUGCGAAACCCCGGACCACUAUCCUCGACAACUCAUCAAGUUUCUCGUCGACAAAUGCAGCUUUGACUUUAACACCGCGUUGCAAGACGAAUCCCGCGAAGAUUUCAACACUCGCAGUUCUCCUCCGGAUUAUAAUCAAGGCUAUAAUUAUCCACAACAAGACGAUAGUCAAUUAUUUACACAGUUUCCUCCAAGAAGAGAGCCAGCCUUAGUAUAUGGGCCUCCAUCCAAUAGUAGCCGCUAUCACGACUACAAGUACUCUGUACCGGUGCAAUCACAGAGGCAUUCUGUCCUUCCGGAAGUGACGUUGAAUUAUCAUCGCAACGUCCAACGACAGAUCGAUCGUGCUUAUUCGCAGGAGUCCGUAAAUGUGUUUGAUCCGAACCAAUCGUGGCUGACGAAUAGGUAUUCGCGAGGUGGCAAGCUAACGGCGCGAAGUUACAGCGUGAACCCGUUGUUGGGAUACGCGAAGCUCAAGGGCGACCGUGUAAAGAGACAGUCGGAUCCGGAAGCCAUCUCCCUGUGCCCCACGCGAGCGCAAUAUAUCGCUCCGAGAGCCGCUCUGAACAAAGAGGGCAACUGGAUGUACGUUGUUAAUCUUCCGGAACAACGGAACAAAUAUUCGCAGCUCGUCAGAAGCGAGACAUGCUUGAAUGACGUGUGCAACGGCAUAUGCUCCAUCCCGGAGGGAUACAGGAGUAAGUGCCAGCAACAAUUCGUGCAAAAGAGACUGAUCGCGCUCGAGGGGAGCGGGAAUCGGCUUUACACCGACUUGUUCUGGCUGCCGCACGGUUGCUCGUGCCAGAUCAUACCGAAUUUCUGAGGAUACGAGGCGGCUAACGUCGCGCGUCGCGCUCUGCAGCGCGAACGGGAUAUAUUUUCAGGGGGUAAGCGCUAUUAAACGCGGUCGUACACGUCGUUCUCUUCACGAUUGUAAUUCUGCGACACAGAGUGCGCCUGGCAACGGCGUUGAAAGUGGGUACCGAUAAUGUAGCGUUCUAUGAACGAUGCGCACUCGAGCGACAGCGUGUACCGCGACAGCGUAUUACCAGCGGUGUACACGGCGCAGACGGAAUACACUGUUGCCAGCAUAUCGUUAAUUGCCAUUGUUAAUUGCAAAUCGCGAACGACGCGUAAGUCUCCGGAGGGCGUCGAUGUACGCUCCUAAAGUGUUUCUUUGCGAUUAACGGACGGGGACUCUUUCAGCGAGAGAUGUCGCUGUUUCGAUGUCAAUAAGAAAAAAAAAAGUGUUAAUUUCACUAAAUUUUUCAGCUCGAUUAACUUUCUCCAAUUCAAGUAUUUAUGUAUUUAGGUUGAAUGUAUAAAUGGUUGAAUUGAAGAAAUUUCACUUAAAUACAUAUUUGAAUUGAUGUAAUUGAAAAAUUUAGUCAAGUCAACAAUCAAUUUAGACAAGUUAUCAAUUCUUUUUCUCAGUAUACGACUCAUUCCCUACAUACAUGUAGUACUUGCGUCGCACGUUUAUAAUAUAUACAAAGAAGAUAUAUAAUGUACGACUUUUUUUUUAUAUAUUUUAUUGACUAUUAAGUCAUCUCAAAUAUUCUUUAUUUAUCUUUCGGCAGCCUUGAUCACCGAUUUGUCCACUAUUCCGCAGAGGUAGGUCGCGCAAUUGCACACAAUAUUAUCGCAAGUCAUUGCUUGUACAGCGCUUUUAGUUAAUAUUUAAUCUCUCCCAUGUCAACAAUGUGUGAAUCUUAUUUAGGGGAUGUCUCCAAACAAAUAGUUACUAUAUAUAUCGCCAUGAUUGAGCUUAUUUAUACAAUAUAGGCAUUUCACUCUAGUGAGAUCGAACAGGGACGGGGCGGAAGGAAAUCACGUAAUUGCGUAAUAAAACCUUAAAAGCGGAUCUUUUAUGCGCGCUAUUUAUACGCGAAUAAAUAACAGAGACAAUACAUUUGCCACCGUCGAGACAAUUAAUAUUAAGGCGAAGCUGGAGUCGUCUGUAUUACCGACAAAAAUAUCAUUUUGUUAUGCCUCGUAUUGGUUUUACAGAAAUAUAUAAUUCCUUUUACACUUUACAGAAUUAAAAUACGCACGCCGAAAGCAAGAACAACAUUUUAAAUUACAAAUUUUCUUAUCGACUUUUACUUUAACAUGGCGAUUAAAAUCAUCAAUUCACAGACCCAUUUACUUCGUGGAAGCGUUACGCAGGUUAUUUGUGCGACAUGAAGGCAGAGCCAGGUGUAGAAUAAAUGAAUGAACAAUGUUGACAUCGUUAGAAUUAAUUCGGGAAGUCUAAUUUAAGAGAAUAGAAUGUUUGACAAAUUAUGUUACAUGUAUACGUGAUCUCUCGAUGCAGUAGAUGUAAAGGUUCGUUGAUAUUUUGUAAAUCCUACGAUGUGUAAGUCGAGUUCAUCGAUAAAAUUGACGACUUCAGCGUCUCGCCUUAACUGUUUUCGGUAAAAAUAAUAAAUCACGUGAAAUUGUUCCGUGACAAGAAAAGGAUUAAUAAAAUGUAUUGUUAACAAAAAAAAUCUGUGAAUCUUGGAAAUAAAUUAUUAUUCGAUUACGUAAAAUCGGCAAACGCCGAUUGUUAUGCCGACCUAUUAUAGUGGAUAUAAGGAGGAAUGCGAAAGGGGAUUCGAGAGAGCAUAAAAUAAAGGAUCUCGAAUUUGCGGCUUGCGCCAGUUGGGAAAAGACGGAAGGAGGACGAAACGAGGGAUGAAGAUCAUGUGAUGAGAGACGGGAGAUGACAGGGGAGAAACUAACCCGAGGUCAGACACGCGCGAGUUUCGCGCGGAAAUGUUGUAGGGUAAAACGCGAUACCCUUUUCGCGCCAUUUUCCGACAACUUUCGCAAGCCUAUUGCGAAGCCCUUGCCGUAACGCCGUGACGACGCUAAAUGCCGUUCAUAACUGUCGACGGUGAUGAUAGCAAUUAUGCUUUUGACUCAUAAAUAUUUGACGGCAUUGCCUGUACUGAUAGCAAGCUACGUAACGACGCACAAACAGCUAAGUAUAGAUCGUAAAACUUUUUUACGAAGGUAUCGAGGCUAAGGCUACAUUGAAAAAUCGUUGCUGAAAAGCGCGUUUUUGAGAGAGAAA